AUGGAAGGCCCGAACGAGAAUGAUGAGCUCUACCCUAUUGCGGUUCUCAUUGAUGAGUUAAAGCACGAUGAUGUCCUCCUCCGUCUCAACGCUAUCCAUCGCCUAUCGACCAUCGCACUUGCUUUGGGUCCCGAACGAACCCGAGAGGAGCUGAUUCCCUUCUUGGAUGGUUGGUCCCCACUCACCGACUCCUAUCAUCUGGAUGCGCCUAACAAGAUUUGUCCCGUAGACUCUGUGGAAGAUGAAGAUGAGGUUUUAACUGCCCUUGGCGAAGAGCUGGGUAACUUCACAGAGUAUGUUGGAGGACCAGAACACGCGCACGUGAUCAUAGCGCCGCUGGAAAAUCUGGCGGCGAUCGAAGAGCCUUUGGUGCGAGAGAAGGCCGUCGAAUCUCUUAACAAAGUCUGCGAGCAGCUGAAUGAGAGCCAAGUUGAAGAACGCUUUAUCCCCCUGGUCCUUCACCUCUCCAAAGCCGACUGGUUCACCUCCAAGGUUUCCGCAACUGGACUUUACUGCACACCAUACCGAAAAGCCACGCCGGCCACCCAGCAGAUCCUGAGACAGCAUUUCGGGGCCCUCGUACACGAUGAGACCCCUAUGGUGCGGCGACAAGCCGCCAAUAACUUGGCCAAGUUUGUCAAGGAAAUGCAAACACCUGUUGUGAUCGACGAGAUGAUUCCCUUAUUCCAAUAUCUGGCAGGCGAUGAUCAGGACAGCGUUCGCUUGCUGACUGUGGACAUUCUCAUUGCGAUUGCAGAGGAGAUCCCUAAGGAGCAGCAGCCUAGCCACGGAGUGUUGCUGACCUCAUUGCGUAAUCUGUUUGAGGAUAAGAGCUGGAGAGUCCGAUACAUGGUGGCUGAUAGAUUCGAGAAGAUCGCUAAAGCAGUGCACGAGGAGGUUAUCACGCGUGAUAUGGUGCCCGCUUUUGUUAAGCUCUUAAAGGACACUGAAGCUGAGGUUCGCACUGCGAUUGCUGGACAGAUUCCUGGCUUCUGUAGUCUGAUUGACCGCGACACCCUGCUCAACGAGAUCAUGACCAGUGUAGAGGAUCUUGUUUCUGACCAAUCCCAGCAUGUCCGAGCCGCCUUGGGCACUCAGAUCAGUGGUCUUGCCCCUAUCCUUGGAAAGGAAGAGACAAUCGCCCAUCUUCUGCCUAUGUUCCUUUCUAUGCUCAAGGAUGAUUUCCCUGAUGUCCGUCUUCAUAUCAUUUCCAAGCUUGAGCAGGUUAACAAAGUCAUCGGCAUUGAUCUCCUCUCCCAAUCCUUGCUCCCCGCCAUUGUCCAGCUGGCUGAGGACAAGCAGUGGCGUGUGCGUCUUGCUAUCAUUGAAUACAUCCCUCUCCUGGCGAGCCAACUGGGUGUUAAGUUCUUUGAUGAGCAGCUCAGUGACCUAUGCAUGGGCUGGUUGGGUGAUACUGUCUUCUCAAUCCGAGAGGCUGCUACUCAGAACCUGAAGAAACUUACUGAAGUCUUUGGUGUUGAGUGGUCCAAGGAGUCUAUCAUUCCCAAGGUGGUUGCCAUGGGACAACAUCCCAACUACCUUUACCGUAUGACAACAUGCUUUGCCAUUUCUACUCUGGCCCCUGUUGUUACCCUUGAUAUCAUCGAAACCUCUAUCCUUCCCAUCUUGGACCGACUGGUGGCGGAUGAGAUCCCUAACAUUCGAUUCAACGUUGCCAAGUCGUACGCUGUCCUUAUCGAUACGCUUCGCCGCUUGCCAGCCGAUAAGACUUUGGUUGAGGUUGAGAAGUCGGGAGAGACCGUGACCCCAUCACCCCACAGUCAAGAGCUCAUUCAGCAAAAGAUUCUGCCCAGUCUGGAGAAACUGCAGGCAGAUGAUGAUGUCGAUGUCCGAUACUUUGCCACCACUGCUGGUGGUAUUCAGGAUGAGGCCAUGCAGACUUCUCCUUGA